CCCCGUCGUUAUUCCUUCCCACUUCAGCAUUAUAAGAAGCCAGUGCAUUCAGGAAAUAAUAACAGAACACUCCACCAAGAUGAAGGUAACGCUUGCUAUCACAUCCCUUUUAGUUUAUUUUACAGCAUGCUUACAUCCAGCGUUUCCUCAGUCACAAGACUGCCAGUUUCCCUACCAGCUCGUCGAGGACCUUUGCAUCCUUAUUUAUCCCAGGGAGAGAGGGAGUUGGUUCGAGAUGAGGCUCUUCUGUGCAGAGCAGUCCAUGGGAGGGAACCUUGUCAAAAUCACGACUCCUAGCCAGCUGUCUGCUCUGCAGGAGGCAAUACAGGAAUCUGGUAAGAAUGAGACGCACUACUGGAUCGCAGCAACUGACGAGGGCCAGGAAGGGCUAUGGAGAUACACCGACGGCACAGACGUUCCCAUGGGACCCUUCUUCUGGAGGUACGAAUGCUCCGAAGGAUAUCCCUUGCGACCCUUGCACGAUUCCAACGCCAACUGCGCUGCCCUUGAUCAAGAGACGCAUUACCACUUGGCAGAUUUCAACUGUCAGGGAAAUGUGGGCAGCAUACCCUUUUCACCUAUUUGCCAAAAUAAUCCGUACUGAAUAUCAUUUUAGAAAAUCUGAAAUCGAUAUCCUUGACUGUUAUUUCACUCUGUUUAUUGGAUUCUAAGCUAUAAAUAGAAGAAAAAAAUCAAUCUCCUUAGAAAUUCCAGCACCCGGCAUACAAACAUUGCAGCUUAUCAUGUACUAAACCUUACCGUUACACUUAAAAAUGUUCCUGAAACAACUUCUGUUGAUUGCAUGACGCGGAAUUCUCAGUUAUUUCUAGCCUAAUCAUUGUUUAAGACAUAAAUGUAACAUACACGAAUACAAUUAUAUUAUUGUGAUAAUACAAUCUAUAAUAAACUCAUGAAAGCUGCAGUUUUCCUCACAAAUUGUUGUAAACUGUCUCUUGUCAGGUUUGAGGAAGCUCUUAAUUAGUGAUUAGGAUUAUGGCAAAAACAAAAAUAAAUAAAUAAAAUAAAAUAAUAAUAAUAACAAUAA